CAAGGCGCACGAAUUAUGAGUCAAUUUAGCAAAUAUGUUCAACAUCGGGCUCAGAGUUUAGGAACGGAAAUGACGUAAUAGGAGCGACACGGACUAAUGGCGUAUGAAAGCAUUCGUGUCAGUAGAUGGAGUGAUGACCAUGAUCAUAAAAGUAGCCUAGAAGCUGCAGCUGAGGCAGCAGCCAAAGUCAACGCCAUGCUUAUAGCAAAGGGAAAGCUCAAGCCAUCACAACUCUCACAACAACAGGGCAUCAAGCCAAAGAGUACUUCACAGCCAGGAGGCUUAAUUGUAGCUGAGGUAGAAAUAAAUGAUGUUCCAAUAGGCUGCAGAAAUAUGUUGACAAGAGGGGCCACACAAGAAGAGAUUUCAAAAUUGAGUGGUUCAGCUGUUUCAACAAGAGGUCGAUAUUUAUCACCUGAAGAGAAGAUGGGAAACUUAGGUGACCGACCACUUUACCUCUGCGUGCAGGGAUCUUCCCAAGAGUCUGUAGACAUUGCUGUCGGGAGAAUUAAUGAAAUCAUACUGAAUGGAAUGAAGGCUAAAGGAUCAAGAUUCGCUCCCAUCACAAGACCCAUGGUUCCAUUGCAGAGACCCAUGCUGAAUCAACCCCCACCCCUCAUGUCAUUGGAGACUCAGCCUCCUCAAAUUCCCACUGGGGUACCUGUUCUACAAGAAAAAUUAUAUAUAGGAUUGGAACAUGCACCUCCAAAUUUUGAUGUCAAAAAUAAAAUAUUUGGACCAAUGGGUUCCUUCUUAAACCACAUACAGGCAGAAACUGGAGCCAAAGUAACUUUACGGGGGAAAGCUUCAGGAUUUAUAGAACCCAUGUCAGGGAGAGAGGCGUUCGAACCAAUGCAUGUCCAUAUACAACAUGGCACUUUACUCGGUCUUCAGAAUGCUAAGCAGCUUGCAGAAAACCUAAUUCAAACAGUUCAGCAAGAUUAUGCCCAGUUCCAGCAAGCUUUGGUCGCUCUGCCACCCAAUCUCUCCCCUGCUACAGCUGCCAUAAUAGCAGGUCUGCAGCAGAGUGCCCCAGGAGGGAUCCUCAGCCAGCAAACGAUCAGUGCCCUGUCAGGUGGGACUCAAGGGAUACCACUGCAGCCACAACCAGGUUUGCAGCCUCUGACAACGAUUCCUGCUAUCAAUCAACCGGUGAUGACAAAUGUGGUCUUCUCCUCUAGUCCUGUUCUCACGUCUCACAACCAAGUUUGUUCUACUCUAGCCGGUGGCCCUCCUCAGCAGGUCAUAGUACAGGCACAGGUUCCCCCUCCCCCUCACGGAAUUCCACAUCUAGGGCAUCCCCAUUUGAUAUCGACCAACCCUCCCCCUGCCAGCAGUCCCCAGCCCCUGAUGACAACGGUGCAGCCCGAGUUAGUUCCCACCUCUCUCCCGGUGUGGGGAUCAUCAGCCCCUGGGGCAAUGCCCACUCAGCAAAUUAUACAACAGAUUCCAAUGAGUGUCGGCCCGCCAGUCAGUAGUUAUGGGCCCCCAAUCUCUAGUGCCUACAUGCCUAUGUCUUCUUCGCUGGGACCAGUGACUUGCACAUACACGCAGGUCACCACUGUCCCUUUGCUGAGGGUGUCCUCACCGGUGACUGUCACUUCCUCCACCCCCACCCCUUACAAUUACGGGGGUCCUUUGAAGGAAGAAAACAAACGGAGAUUUACAGAGGAGAAACCUGACGAUAAAGUGCCAGAAAACUUGCUUGGUUAUGAGCAUGGUCCACCUCAUCUAACAAACUUGGUGGUACAGGGACCACCCCCUGCACAGUCUCAGUCUCCGUCCCAGGGACAGCUUGUUCAGGGACCAGUCACACACGUCAUUCAGGCCUUACCCCCCACACAGAUCAUCCAUGGUCCCCCACCCACCCAGAUUGUACAUGGUCCACCUCCAGGCUACCAAGCCCCUCCCCCUCAUCUCAUACACGGACCACCGCCUCACGGCCAGAUUCCAGCCCCAUAUCAUCUAGGACCACCCCCAGUGGUAUCCGAUGGAGUACCUGUCAUGUCCCACAGUACUCAGCCCCCGCAAGGUGCCCCCGUGUAUUCUGUCCAUACUUCUAUCUCUGAGGAGGGAAGAGUGACCCACACAUACACAGUGCAGUCCAACUCUGGUGGAUUGGCGACCCCUCCCCAAGAUUCACCCGGUGAUGUGGAUAAGAAACUCAUGCCACCCCCUGCUCUACCAACAGGGGUAAAGCGGCCAGCAUCUGAGGCACUUCCAGAGUCACCAGACAGAAAAAGUAAAAAAGAUAGCGAUGAUGAAGAUGAGGAAGUAAAGUCGUCCUUGAGACAACAACAUAAGGAGGCCAAGAAAUACCAAUACAACCAGUACUCCAGUACCCCCCAGUUAUAUGGUCAGCCUCCACCUCCAGAACAGCUGUCUCCCUCAGGACAGUAUGAACAGGGCCAGCAGCCGCCCCCACAGUUCUUACCCCCAGGGCAAGUUGUGACAAUAGCCCAACACACAGACACUCCCCCGGGGUCAGAGAACCUGGCCCAGCCAGGACUGCAACAACAGAUAAUUAUCCAGCAGCCUCAGCAACUGCCUAGCCAUCCUCCCCCUGCCUUCCAACAACCCAUGUUCACAGGACAAGUCUCUCACAGCCCACCCCCUCCCCCACCCUGGACCACAGACCAACCCCCUGUGUCAGGACCAAGUCCUGGCCCAGCCCAGCAAUUGAUCCCCCAGCAGAUUACACUGGCCUCACCCCACAGAGUCAACCCUCCGGACCAGAGACUGAUGCCCGAGGAACAUAGAAUCUAUGGCGAGGCCCUGCCCCCACCUCCUCCAAACUAUCAGACAGGCCCACCUCCACCUGGAUCCACUCCCCAGAUCAUUGUCCCCUCUCAUCUACCCCCUCCCACACAGACAAUAGUGUCAGUACCCCAAUUCAAUGGACAGCCUCCCCCAUUCCCUGGUCAACCCCCUCCCCAGGGGAGUUACCAGUACCCCACUGGCCCCCCUCUUACUAUGUCUUACUGGUGAAUCAGGUGCUGUGGUGCAAGAGCUUGUAUGUAGUAUGACUGGUUCAAAUGAUUUUGCAUGAAUGAAAUUGUUAAUUAUUGUAAACUAGAUGCAGCUUGGCUGUUAUUGUGUGAGCGUUGCUUUUGUGUUGUUAUCAAAUAACGACCAAAUAAUUUGUUGUUAGAGUGCUUUUGACGUCAUCAAAUGACCAAUAAAAAAUUAAAUUAGAAAAUA